AUUGUGGUAACGUUGUUGAGUUCUGUACAGAAUCACUCUCCUUAUUUUUCUUCUUUCUCUUCAAUUCUCAAACCUGCCGCGCAGGUCUUUUCAUUCGUUCUCUUCACUGGCUUUGGAAGCCAUUUUGAUUUAAUCUUGUGAUAAUUGGUCAAUUUGCAAAUAGUGUCACAGUCUUUGGACAUCAUGCAUUCUUCAAUCCUUACGCUCCUUAGCCUUCAGUCGUUGGUGGCUGCAUCACCUAUUGCACCUCUGUCAUUAUCGCGGAGAACUGUAACAGAACUCAACCAGGCAGCCUUCGAUGAAGCCCAACAACCAGAUAACACGGCAACCAAGGCCAUCUCUGGGACACAAAUAAAGACCUCCGAUGGGCGAUGCCUUUUCGUCGACGAGCUAUCAGGAGACUUUCGAGCAAACCUCACCCCGAUCCAAGUAGCCGAGUGCGAUAGCACAGACGGCCAAGGAUGGGAUGUCAUCACCGCCGGGAAGCACAACAAUGUUCAGGGCUCGGCACUCAUCGUCAGCACUCUGACAAACGCUUGCUUUAACUUUGAUCCGCGACGGGCAAGUGGGAAUCAAGUCAUCCUAUUUAGCUGCGGCGGCCGCGCAGACGGUGGCGGCGAAGUCACCGAUUCUCAGCUAUUUCCUUUCACUAGUAGUGCUGGAGCGAUCACAUUUACCCCUGAGAACGAUUUGCAAUCAUGCUUCACCGUCAAGGGGAAUGUCGUCGAUGUUGCACCUUGCGCCGCUGGCAAUGCUAACCAGCAGUUCACAUUUGGCGAUGCAGCAGCUUCAGCUGGCGGCAGUCAAACCACCACCCAGGUUUCGGGGACACUCAUUGCUACGGCGACUUCGCAAAGCUUAAGUAAAGCGUCGACAACGUCCGCCUCGCAAACUGCUUCUUCGCCAGCAGUAACGACUAAUGUGGCAGUCGGAGGAAUCCCCAACCCCACGGAGUCUGUCCCCGUAUCUCGCGCUGGUGGCAUACUUCAACCCACAGCAGUAGCCGAAGCUCAGGCAAGAGACAACACCGCGACGCGCGCUUUCACCUCCGUUAGUAUAAAGGCGCCUAAUGGGCAGUGUCUGUUCAUCGACCCGACUGCGGGAGAUUUCCGCGAAAACUUAAUUCCCGUCUCCUUGGUGGAUUGUGCCGGGACGCCGAAUGAGAAGUUUGAUGUCAUCACCGCUGGGAAACAUAAUAAUGCUCAGGGCUCGGCAUUGAUCGUGAGCAGUCUUACAAAUGGCUGUAUGAGUUUCGACGGACGUCGUCCAGCAGGCGAUACAGUGACUUUAUUCUCCUGUGGAGGACGAGCGGAUGGAGGGGGUGACACGAACAACGGCCAAUUAGUUCCAUUUACUGGUGGGAUUAGUCUAGUCUUUGCACCAGAGAGUGAGCGUAACGCGACUUGCAUCGUAGCUGGAAAUGGCCGGCUCGACUCUGCUCCAUGUGCCAACGAUGGCUCGCAAGCUUUCACCAUCCUAGCAUAAGAGACUUGUAACACAUGGUAACUGGGGAGGGGCGACAUCUACCGAAGUUGAUAUUGUCCAAGAUCGAGGGGACUACUAUUCUCUGUAAAAAAUACUAAAUUCAUCACAUAGUUACACCUUUAGAAGGCAUAUUAUAUUCAUCAGCUAACUCAAUUACAUUUAUGUUCAAAGUUAUA